AUGGCACGAGUCUUGAAAGGUGAUGAUGCACUUGAACUCUGUGAGAGGAUGAUAGAGGCGCAUUGUGAGCCCAGUGUUCAUACCUAUAAUAUGCUGAUGGUGAUGUUCUUCGAGAUGGGAGAGGCACAUAGAGCAUUAGAUAUAUGGCUUGAGAUGGACACAAGAGGAUGUCAACGUGCUAUUGAUACCUACGAGAUAAUGAUCGAUGGUCUCUUUGAUCGCGGAAGAACAGAACAUGCAACUGCUCUUCUAGAUGAGGUUAUAAACCGUGACAUGAAACUUUCAUACAAGAAGUUUGAUGCUAGAAUGCUGAGGUUAUCAGCUGUAGGCGACCUUGGCGCGAUAUAUCGGUUGUCAGAGCAUAUGAGGAGAUUUUACAAUGUUGCGAUGUCGAGACGAUUUGCAAUCACUCAGAAGAAGAAGAGCAUAGGCCUGAGAAGGAAAUGA